GCCCUGCUGCUCUGGACACUCAGACCUUGCCCUGCUGGGCUCUAACAACAACUCUGACUCUGAAGCCUCUGGACACGGCAGUGACUGCUCCGGGGACCCCACGCUCCGCAGCUUGUCCAGCAGCCCCGGCACUGCCUGUGGAGCCCUCAUUCCUAGCAGGAGCCAGAGCCAUGCGCGUAGCCAUCAUCGGGGCCGGGGUGAUCGGGCUCUCCAGCGCCCUGUGCAUCCACGAGCAGUUCCACGGCCUGGUGCCUUCCCUGGAGCUGGAGGUCUACGCUGACCGCUUCACCCCCCACACCACCAGCGACGGGGCGGCCGGGCUGUGGCAGCCCUACCUGAGUGACCACGGAAACCUGCAGGAGACGCUCUGGAAUAAAGAGACGUUCGAUUACCUCCUGGGGCACAUGCACUCCCCAGCAGGCAAGGAAAUGGGACUUUUCCUCAUUUCUGGCUACAACCUGUUCACGGAGCCGGUGCCGGACCCAUCCUGGAAGAACAUUGUCCUGGGAUUCAGGAACCUGACACCCAAAGAACUCGAACUCUUCCCUGGUUACAGCUAUGGCUGGUUCAACACGGCGCUGAUGCUGGAGGGCAGGAGUUACCUGCCCUGGCUCACCAACAGGCUGACGCAGAGGGGAGUGAAGUUUUUCCAUAGGAAGGUUGAGUCUUUCCAGGAGCUGUUUUCCCAGGGGGUGGACGUGGUGCUGAACUGCAGCGGGAUGCGCGCGGGGGACCUGCAGCCCGACCCGCAGCUGCAGCCCGGCCGGGGCCAGAUCAUCAAGGUCCUGGCCCCAUGGGUGAAGCAUUUCAUCAUCACUCACAACCUGAAAUCCGGGAUCUACAACUCGCCCUACGUCAUCCCGGGGGGACAGCUGGGGACAAGUCACCACCGUGUGUCUGCUUUGGCUCCCGGUGCAGGAGCGAGUUCACGGUCCUGGGAGGGAUUUACCAGCACGGAAACUGGAGCGAGGAGAACAGCGCCAAGGAUCGCAAAUUCAUCUGGGACAGCUGCUGCCGGCUGCUCCCGGCUCUCCAGGGAAUGCUGUGCAGUGCUGACGUGCUUUGGCUUCCAGAAGGCGAAGAUCGUAGAUGAGUGGAGCGGCCUGAGACCGGCACGGCCCUCGGUCCGCCUGGAGCGGGAGAGCAUCCGCCUCGGGAAUCUCCAGGGAGAGGUGAUUCACAACUACGGCCACGGCGGGUUCGGGAUCACCAUCCACUGGGGCUGUGCCACGGCAGCAGCGCGGCUCUUCGGGAGCAUCCUGCAGGAGAAGCAGCGGCUGGCCACCACCCCCCCAGGGCCCCGCCUGUGAGCACCUGCUCCCCUGGCAUGUGUGACAACAGCAUAGGAAUCACAGCAGAAGGAUGGGCACAGCACAGGGAUACACACACGGGCUGCUCGACCCCGCUCCAGCUCUGGCUCUCGGCGUCUCAUCUCCAGCUCGCUGCCCGUUUCCAAAUGGCUCCACUCCCUUCACAACCUGCCCGGAGGCUUUCAAAUAUGGACUAAUUAUCCGUGGCAAAGUGCACCAAGAGCUGUCUGGGAUCGAGCUGCGAAGGGCAGGCUGGGUUCAGCUGAACGGACCUGAAACGGAGCUGGGGACACCUGAGGUCUCUGCUGGCUGCUCCAACACCCAGUGUGUAAUUAGAUUUACAGGCUCCCCCCAGGAGGCUAAAGCUCCUUAGUAGGAAGAAGCUCUGAGGCUCCCAGGGAAGUAACAGCAGUUCUGGGAGCGUGUGCCUGGGAUACAGAAGUUUUCCUCACAUUCCUGCCAGGACAAAGCUCGGCCCCGCAGCACCUGCUUAGUGUAGCUGGCACCAGACAGCAGCACUUGCCUAAAAUGGCCUUUCCAAACGAUGUUUUAGCAACAAAAGCAACUUGUUCCAGCCCUGGGGGCUUGCCAGACUCUAUAUAUAGCGGAGAGCAUAAGAAAAUAGCUCAUCUUGUCCCUAAAACUCCCACAGGCCCCUCAGCUUCCCACUUCUCCCAGCUGUGGGACACAGCUCACAGAAAGGGCCUGGCUUGGGAAAGUUUGUGCCUCUCAGAGGAGGAGCAGGACUUUUUGGGGCGUUCGGGGACGCUGUUGGGGACCCAACACACCGUUCUGAAGAUACAGCCUGGCCGAUUUUCCCAUGCCAUGUGUCUUUCCUGCUUUCCAAACCAAUCCCAGACAGGUUUGUUUAACGGGAUGGUCAGGGAGCCUCAAAUGCAAAGGCUGUUCUGAGCCCAGCACGGUGCCUGGCUCAGUCUCCCUUGUGGAUAAUCCAAGUGUUCCUCAUUCAUCCGUGAGGCAGCUCCUGUCUCCCGAUGACUCCGUGUCCCAGGAAUAGCUCAGCAGCAUCCCCGUGCUGGGCUUGGCAAACACAGCUGGGCAGGGGAAAUUGGGAGCCACUGCCAUGGCCAGUGGGUCCAAGGAAUUCCCAGCUUCCCUGGAAAUGCUGCAGUCACUGGGUGAAAUCAGGAAAAGGAAAACAAAAGCUGGAGAAAAUUCCGCGCUGAUUAAUGCUGAACUCGAGGGUCUGUGAUCCCACCUCAGGAAAAGCCACUCAGGGGAACUGGAUCCUCCUCCGUUUCACUUAUUGCAAAAAUGGGACAUUCAGGAGCACAUUCUCUGCUGUAAGCCCAGCCCCACUCCGGUGAUUUUGGGAAAAAUCCGCUGGACAAACAGGGCUGUAGGGAAUCCUUGUACACCUGGCAACAAGCAGCUGAUUCUUGUGAUCUCAGAGCCUGCAGGAGCCACUGCCCCGUGAUCUCAUGUGGCCUCUUGGCAAACAGGACUGGGCUGUUCUGUGAUUUUAUUUCCAGGUUAAUUCUGUUUGUUUUCUAAAGGGCUCCAUUUAAUCUGUGUGACCAAU